AUGCUGGCGCCGCCUUUCGGGUACUCGCUCGAGACGAUCGGCUGGUGCGUCGUGAUCGACCGAAGCGGCGUGCCGACCGGUGUUGUCUCCCUGGCCGACGAUACGACCAAGCGGAGCCGCGGGCGGAGUCUUCCCGUUCCCAGCCCCGUCAAGCGCACCUCUGCGGUCGCCGCGAAUUUCCUCUGGGACAAGACGUCAUACGCGCUGGGCGUGACGGCCGGCGAGGGAAAGCGGACGGCGCGGGAGCACGAGGCCUUCAAGGCCCUGCACCGAGAGGCGCUGGCCGACGAGGAAGAUCCCGGCCUCGCCGCGCUGCUCGCCUUUCUCGAUCGCUGGCAUCCGGAGGCGUUUGCGGAGCCGCUGUUCCCGAGCGAGAUGCGUGACGCCAACGUCGUCUUCCGGUUCGCGGAGGAGCGCGGCUAUCUCCACGACCGGCCGGCGGCCAAGGCGAUUUGGGCACGGCGCCUCGCCGAUGGCGGUGCGCCGAAGGCGGUAUGCCUCGUCAGCGGCGCGCGGGCGCCGUUCGCCCGUCUCCACCCGGCGGUCAAGGGUGUCUGGGGCGCCCAAUCGUCGGGUGCCCCUUUCCUCUCCUUCAACUGCGACGCCUUCGAAUCCUACGGCCAUGAGCAGGGGGCUAACGCGCCGGUCAGCGAGCGCGCGGCUUUCGCCUAUGCGACAGCGCUGAACCGCCUCCUGGCGAAGGACAGCCGGCACCGCGUGCAGAUCGGCGACGCCUCCAGCGUUUUCUGGGCCGAGGCCGAGGAGGCGGAGAAGGCCGAGAGUGCCGAGACGAUCUUCGGGGCGUUGCUGGGCGGGCGGGCCGACGAGUCGCUGCAGGCCGGCAAGCUGCGGCCGGUCUUGGAGGGUAUCGCGCAGGGACGGCCGCUGACCGAUCUCGACCCGAAGCUCGCGGCGGGGGUGCGUUUCUACCUUCUCGGCCUCGCUCCCAACGCGGCCCGGCUCUCGGUGCGCUUCUGGUUCGAGGGCGACUUUGGGCGCUUCGCGGACCUCUACGCCUUGCACGCCCGCGACAUGGCGCUCGAGCCGCCGCCCAGGGAGCGCCUGCCGACGGUGCAGCGACUGGCUUUCGAGACGGCGGCGCGGCGCAAGGCGGAAAACAUCCCGCCGCAGCUCGGCGGCGAGCUGCUCCGCGCCAUCCUGACGGGCGGGCGCUAUCCCGCGAGCCUGCGCGCCACGCUGCUCAUGCGCCUGCGCGCCGACGGCGAGAUCACCGCCCUGCGCGUCGCGCUGCUCAAGGCCGCCGUCGCCCGGGACCGCCGAUUGGAGACCUCGCCCACCACCAAGGAGCCGCCCGUGACCUACGAUCCGGAGUGCAGGGAGCCCGGCUAUCUGCUGGGCCGCCUCUUCGCCACCUACGAAUACGCGCAACAAGCCGCGCUCGGGAGAAGCGUCAACGCGACCGUCAAGGACAAGUUCUACGGUGCCGCGUCAAGCACACCCCAGAGUGUCUUUCCGCUGCUCGACCGGGGCUCGCAGCCUCACCUCGCGCGCUUGCGAAAGGAGCGACCCGGCCAGGCCGUCAACAUCGAAAAGCAGAUCGGCGCGAUCAUGGAGCGGCUCGACCCCGACGCCGAUCCCUUUCCCCGCGCGCUGCCACCCGCCCAACAGGCGCUCUUCGCGCUCGGCUACUACCACGAGCGCAAUCAGCGCUUUGCUCACACGCCAAUCAAUGACGACCCUCGCCAACCGAUACGAAUUCACGCCGGCAACCUCCCGCGCAUCGACCAGGAGACGCAGCACGGCCUCGUCUCGGAUGUCAGCCUGAAGCGCAAGGUGCGCAACUACACGGAGCUGGCCAAGGGGAGCGAGCCCGGAUUUCGCAUCUACGUCCAGGAGAGCUCGGUGCUCAACGACCGGCAUCGCGAGGCCUACGUCGCGCUGCGCCCCGAGGACGAGAAGGCGAAGACGGCCGCCAAGCUGAACCCCAAGGGCGACGAGGAGGCCCGGGCCCUGCAGGCGUUCAUGUGCGGCAACUUCUACGACGUGCGCACCUUCGGCGCGGUGAUGAGCACCGGCAUCAACUGCGGCCAGGUCCGCGGGCCGGUCCAGCUCACCUUCGCGCGCUCCAUCGAUCCGAUCGUGCCGCAGGAGAUAUCGAUCACGCGCAUGGCCGCGACCAACGAGAAGGAGAAGGCGGCGCGCGAGGAGGGCGCCGACGAGGAGCGCCACGACAACCGCACCAUGGGGCGCAAGCACAUCGUGCCCUACGGCCUCUAUCGCGCGCACGGCUUCGUCUCGGCCAAGCUGGCCGAGCGAACGGGCUUUUCCGAGGCCGAUCUGGACUUCCUCUGGGAGACCCUGGAGCAGAUGUUCGAGCACGAUCGCUCCGCGGCGCGCGGCGAGAUGACCACGCGAAAGCUCGUCGUCUUCCGGCACGACAGCGCGCUCGGCAAGGCUCACGCCCACGACCUGUUCGAUCGCGUCCGGGUCGCGCGCCGCAACGGCGCGGGAGAGGCGCCGCGCCGCUUCGAGGACUACGAGGUGACGCUCGACCGCGCGGAUUUGCCGGCCGGCCACGCGAUCUACUGUCCGCGUCAGUGUGCGCUGAUCCACGUCGAGCGCGCUUGGGAGGAGAACCGGCUGACGGCCGAGGGGCGCGUGCUGCACGCCGCGACGGAUCGGCAGGCCAGUCGGCGGCGCCGUGGCGUACGCGUCGUCACCGGCCUCGCGCUGUCCAGCCGCCGUCUUGGGCUCACCGGCGUGGCGGACGUGGUGGAGUUCCACGCCGUGGCGGACGGCGACUCUGCGGCGGAGACGCCCUAUCCGGUGGAGUACAAGCGUGGUCGGCCGAAACUUCACCGCGCCGACGAGGUGCAGCUUUGCGCCCAGGCGAUCUGCCUCGAGGAGAUGACGGGCCGAACGGUGCCGGAAGGCGCGCUGUUCUACGGCGAGACGCGCCGUCGCGUCGUGGUCCCCUUCGACGACGAUUUGCGCAGCCUAACCUGGGAGACGGCGGCGAGCGUGCAUCGGCUGCUGGCGGUCGGUCGUUUGCCGCCGCCGGUCUACGAGGCGCGCAAGUGCCGGGCCUGCUCUCUGAUCGAGGUGUGCCGGCCGCGCCUCGGCGGACGGCUCCUGAAGAAGCUUCUCAACACCCUCUACGUCACGACCCCAGGGGCGCGCCUCAGGAAGGAUGGCGAGAACGCCGUCGUGGAGCUGGACGGGGUCGAGGCGCGACGGGUUCCCCUGCAUCUGCUGGGGAGCAUCGUGGUCUUCGGUGGUGUCUGGACCUCACCGGCCCUGAUGCAGGCCGGCUCGGCAGGCGGCAUCGCGAUCGUGUUCCUGGACCGCAACGGCCGUUUUCAGGCCCGCGUCGAGGGACCCGUGAGCGGCAACGUCCUGCUGCGAAGGGCCCAGUAUCGGGCCAGCGACGAGGCGGCGGCCGACAUCGCCCUCGGCCUGCUGGCCGGGAAGGUCGCCAACCAGCGCGCCGUUCUGAUGCGCAGUCUGCGCGACCACGCCGACAGCGCCGCGCCCGAUGACAUCGCAGCGAUCGAGGCCGCGUCGGCGCGCCUGGCCGAUGUUCUGCGCCGGCUGGAAAAGCCCGAUCGGCCCCUCGAUGUCCUGCGCGGGCUCGAAGGGGAAUCGAGCCGGGUCUACUUCUCCGUUUUCGACCGGCUGGUCCGCUCGCCCGACGAGCAAGUCUUCUUCAAGGGGCGAAGCCGCCGACCGCCGCGCGAUUCGGUGAACGCCCUGCUCUCGUUCCUCUACACCUUGCUCGUGCACGACUGCCGGGCGGCGUGCGAGAGCGUCGGGCUGGAUCCCGCCGUCGGCUUUCUCCAUCGUGACAGACCCGGCCGACCGAGCCUGGCGCUCGACCUGAUGGAGGAGCUUCGGCCGGUGCUCGCCGACCGGCUCGCGCUGUCGCUGCUCAACCGCCGUCAGCUUCGGGGCCGCGAUUUCCGGUUCACCGACGGCGGCGCCGUGCUCCUGACGGAUGACGCCCGCAAGCUGGUGCUGACGUCCUGGCAGGAGCGCAAGCGCGACGAGCGGCGACAUGCCUUCAUCGGCGAGACGGCUCCCUUGGGCCUCGUUCCCUAUUUGCAGGCCCAGCUUCUCGCGCGGCACCUGCGCGGCGACUUGGACGCCUAUCCGCCCUGGAUCUGGAAGUAG